CUGCCCGGCUCAGCGGCAGGGAACUACCUGACUCUCUAACCACGCCUUGGCGAUCCCUAGGCAUCCUUGCUUCGAACGGCACUCGGGCACCCCAGGAUCCCGGCUCUCGCCUCCGGGAGCCUCAAGCAUCCCGCGACCGCUGAGGGCGGGGACAGCGAGAGAGGGGCGGGCCCGAGCUGGGAGCUGGCUUGGCCUGGGCGCCCAGCUGCCUCUCCCCGCUUCUGCCCAGGCAGCGCGAGCGCAAAUCGCACCGAAGCCCGAGAAAGAUCAAGAAGAGGAGAAGGAGACCGAGGACUUCUGGAGGAAGCAUCCUUGGCUCUGGACCGCGGGGCUCCAGAGGCCGCAGGCUUAGAAUGGAGCCGGGAUACACUACCCCAAGGAUGUUGGGAGGGACACUGACUCAUUAAGGGAGAGCUCUGUCAGCAGAGAGGGAAGACUUCGGUUGUACACAUAUCACCCUGGGAGAGUUCUCAGCAGUGUUGCUCACAGCAUCGACUGGCAAGAUGGAGAUCGCAAUGGGGGCCAUGGAUGAGAACAUCACCAAUUCCUCUACCACCUUCCUUUCUGUACUGGACUCCCAUGGAGCCCAAGCUGCUUCUCUGCCAUUCAACUUCAGUUACGGUGACUAUGACAUUCCCUUGGAUGAAGAGGAGGAUGUGACCAAUUCCCAGACUUUCUUUGCUGCCAAGAUUGUCAUUGGCAUGGCCCUGGUGGGCAUCAUGCUGGUCUGUGGCAUUGGCAACUUCAUCUUUAUUGCUGCCUUGGCCCGCUACAAGAAACUGCGCAACCUCACCAACCUGCUCAUCGCCAACCUGGCCAUCUCUGACUUCCUGGUGGCCAUUGUCUGUUGUCCCUUUGAGAUGGACUACUAUGUGGUGCGCCAGCUCUCCUGGGAGCAUGGCCAUGUCCUGUGUGCCUCUGUCAACUACCUGCGCACUGUCUCUCUCUACGUUUCUACCAAUGCUCUGCUAGCCAUCGCCAUUGACAGGUAUCUGGCCAUUGUCCACCCACUCAGACCACGGAUGAAGUGUCAAACAGCCACUGGUCUGAUCGCCUUGGUGUGGACGGUAUCCAUCCUCAUUGCCAUCCCCUCAGCCUACUUCACCACCGAAACCAUCCUCAUCAUUGUGAAAUCCCAGGAGAAGAUCUUUUGCGGCCAGAUCUGGCCAGUGGACCAUCAGCUGUACUACAAGUCCUACUUCCUCUUCAUCUUUGGCAUUGAGUUUGUGGGUCCUGUGGUCACCAUGACCCUGUGCUACGCCAGGAUCUCCCGGGAGCUCUGGUUCAAGGAGGUCCCCGGAUUCCAGACUGAGCAGAUCCGCAAGCGGCUGCGCUGCCGCCGGAAGACAGUGCUCGUCCUCAUGGGCAUCCUCACAGCCUAUGUGCUGUGCUGGGCACCCUUCUAUGGCUUCACCAUUGUGCGUGACUUCUUCCCCACCAUGUUCGUGAAGGAGAAACACUACCUCACUGCUUUCUACAUUGUUGAGUGCAUCGCCAUGAGCAAUAGCAUGAUCAAUACCCUUUGCUUCGUGACCGUCAAGAACAAUACCAUCAAGUACUUCAAGAAGAUUAUGCUGCUCCACUGGAGGUCUUCUUACCAUGGGAGUAAGUUGAGUGCUGACCUUGACCUCAAAACUACUGGGAUGCCUGCCACAGAAGAGGUAGACUGCAUCCGACUAAAAUAACCCCAUGGGCCUUGCAAAGUUUAAAGAGAAGACAAGAUCUUUGGGAGGCCAACCAAUGUGCUUGGGUACAUGCUCCAGGCAAGAACUCUUGGUUUUCAGCAGACAGGAGAGUAAAUGGUCAACCAUGGAGGCAUUGUGUUCAAUAAGCCUGAAAUGUCUAAAACGGAUGAGACUACACAUUGUCAUUAGUGGUCAGUAUUCAUUGAAUAUCUAACUUGUGCAAAGAGUAGGCACUGAUGAAACCUAGUAUGUUGCUGACAUUUAGCUGACAAAACAAAAUGGGAAUUAAACCCAAGUCAAGUGUGAUACAGACUGGAUUAAGGAGGUUUCCACAAGGGAGCCAGAGUACAUUUGUUUGGAGUGUGAAGAUAUCUUUGGAUCAUCUCAGCUGCUCAUCAGGUCUCACUCAUUUCUAGCUUGAGUUUAUUCCUAACAUCUGCAAGGCUGGCCCAAGAAGGCAAAAGAGGUUCCAGAUCUUUCUGCACCCCUUCACUUCCCAUCUGGUCUGACUCUCACUGUGAAUAGCCUUGCAUGCAAGCACAGGGACACCUCAUGUUGUGUGGCCAAGUUUGCACUCUCCAUGCUCUCCUAUGGCCCUACCCCUACCCCCACCCCCAACCCAGGGCUCUGCACAUCCAUGGUAAGGUUUGUCAGGAGAACGAUGGGGAAGAAAUUGCAAAGACACUGGGUGCUAUUUGGACAGAGAAUUAUGAAGUUCCCUUGGGAAAGUGUGCAGAAGAGAAGCCUGGGCUCACUGUGGGCAUGUCCCCUUCACUUUAUGGGCUACUCACCUCAGGAGGAAGAACGUACAGUUGAAGAGAGUCAAAAUUUCCUGUGUGGGCCUCAGGGUAGGGGCUCAGGCUCUCUGGGUGUAAGGAUGACAUUGCUUUACCUUUGUUAUCCUGGCUUGGACUAUUAGGUUUCCCUUCCUUCUCGUGUCUUCAUGCUGUGAAGUGUGGAAGUUUUGAAUGUAGCCACAUGAAUGCGGCUAUCACACAGUUUUUCACUCUCAUCAACUCUCAAGUAUGAGAGGAAGAGCUCCUUCCUAUAAGCCAGACUGAUGAGGUACCCUUACCGUUGUGAUUGGAAAGCAGGAUGCAUUUGUCACUGUGCCUGAAUCCCAUCCCAGUCAUGAUUCCUUUGGAUUGAGACUCAUUUCUCUUAUAAGAUGGAAGCACUCUUAGGUAGAAAAGGCCAUUCCAUUUCUACUCCUCAGUAUGAAGUCAUGCGCUUCAGUGGUAAGGGAUAUAGCUCAUGGUAGAGCUCUGCAUAUCAGGAAAGAAGAAUAUGAAUGGUUGGGAGCAGGAUCAACAGUGAGCUGUGGUGACCCCACAGGUACUGAAGGCUCAUUGCACUUUUUGCCCUGCCUUUCAUUUGGUGUUUUGAAUUUGGAACUUUUGACCCAAAAGGUCUAAGAUCCAGCCAUGGCUCUUGUCUAUAUGGCCUUCAGAAAACUUCUCUGAGACAAAGGUAAAAAGUACCUAUAAAAGUAUGUACCCUGUGGUACAUACUGUCAGGGUAGUUGUGGAAGCUAAUAAAAUAAUGUAUGAGAAACUGCUUUCAACCACAGAAGUAGUCAAAAAGAUGGACUAGUGACUGUGUAGUGUGCCUGAACAAAGAUUCAUUUGUUACCUUGGCUUCUGUAUCCAGCAAACCUGCAAUCUCCUUUUAUUUUUCAUUCUGUGAAUUAUAUUCCCUUACCUUUCUUAGCAGUGUGGCAUGCAUUACAUUCCUAAUGGUGUGUGGUACCAACAAGGCUGUGAAAUUUGAUGACAGCCAGUGGAAAGGACAUGGCAGAUGAAUCUCUUGUCAGGAGAUGAGUUAGGGUUUUGAAAACUCUAGCAUCAGAACCUCUUUGGGAUCUCAGAAGUACUAACCACCUUCCCCUGUGCUUUCCCAGGCAAUAUGAAUUUGAGCAAAAUAAUAGUGUUUACCAGUCACUUUUAUUCCAAUAGCAUGGAGAGCUACAGAGUGGACUUGCCCCUUCUUAUUUAAUUCAAAACAGGGCAUUUAUAAGCCUAAGUGAUUACUGUGUAAUAUUUACUCUCUAACUAUAGUCAAUUCAUUUUUGACAGCAGAGUUUAUUUUUUAUUUCCUUAGAAAACACAUUUUCAAAGACUUACCUAUUUUUUCCCUAUUUCUUUUUGUUGCCCAAAGACCCCUACAGUUUAUUUAGAAUUCUCUGAGAGAAUUAAAAGCAAUUAAAGUAUUAGUCUAAACCAAAUACACAUUGGACAGCCAUUCUUAUUUUUUAAACAAAAUCGUAUAUUACAUUUUAAAAUCCUGUGUUAGUUUUGGGAUUAAAACUAAGAAAGUUAUACAAUUUAUUGGGAUUAGUGUCACCAUUCCCAUGAAGAUUGCUAAACAAGAGUUGAAUAUGGUAGGAGGUUUUUUUGUACAUGAAAACCAAACUCCUUUUUUACUUUUCAGUCUAAAAUGUAUGUAUUAUUACUUGUUUAACUAUCUGUGAUUUCCAGAUGUUACUGU